AUGCAUUUGAUUCAAAGAUUGAAUGUGGCCAUUAAUGUUGUUGAUGUGUUGGAGUAUCUUCAUCACUCUUGCCAACCUCCAAUUGUUCAUUAUGAUAUGAAGCCAAGCAAUGUUCUCUUGGAUGAUGACAUGAAUGCUCAUAGCUUGGCAACCUCAGUUGGGGUCAUUAAAGGCACCAAUGGUUAUGUUCCUCCAGAGUAUGACUUUGGGAGUAAGAUGUCAACCAUGGGAGAUGUGUACAGCUAUGGGAUUCUUGUUCUAGAGUUGUUGACAAGAAUGAGACCAGUUGAUGAGAGUUUGAAAGAUGAUAUGAUAAUGAGAAAGUUUGUAGAGACUUAUGCUUUUCCGGAGAGAAUCAUGGAGGUCAUUGUGGACCCCACCACCAUUUAA